ACGAGGCCGGUCCAGCCAAAUCGCCAAGCCCAAGGCGGAAUUGCUUGUAUUGAUGGUUGGUCAAAGACUUGCACAAACAAGUCUAGAUAGCUCUUGGCCUUCACCUGGGAGGGACGAACACGAGCACUUGCAACAAGACUGUUCCCUUUCUCUUCUGUGUCAAUGAUAACGGUAGGUCGCUGAGUGAGCUGGAAAGCUGAACAGAAAGUAUCGAACCGCGAAUCGAAGAUGAGUGCGCAUAUAAAGACGGACCAGCAAUCCACAUGUCCAGGACCAUCAUUUCUCAGCUUCACCUCUCCAGCCGCCUAUCUUCUCAUUCCCCGUUCAUACCUACUCCCGUCCAUACUUGCGCAAAAUGGCAUCAAGUCAGACCGAAAACCUCAAGCUCGCAAAUGCAUGUCUCUUUGUAUUCGCCGUUCGCGACGAUGCCGAGCGCAUCAAGACCACGAAGGAGAUCUUCCAUCCCGACAUCGUCAUGUACGAGGCCGAUCGUGUCAACACCGGGUAUGACGGAUUGGAGGCACGCAUGCAGGAAUUGAUGGCUGGUAAUGACUUUGGCUUCGAAGCCGCCGGGAAACCGGUCGAAAACCACGGCUUGAUCGUUGCGGAUUGGACUUUCGGACCGUCUGGAGGGGAGCCAGUGCUCAGUGGGACGGAUAUUACCUUUGCUGAAGAUGGCAAGAUCAGGAAACUCUGGGUCAAUUUCAAGUAAAAGCGUCGCUUGUUGCGAGGAUAUUAUGUUCGUGAUAGUCCGGCACUCCCUGCCACUCAGAUACGCAUGGAGUUGAUUCCUGGAGGCUUCGACCUUUGCCAGAGUGACACGAUAGCCGAAUUGAAUUGCAUGAAUAUAUCAUGUAUCCUACCAUCGACUGAUCUGAUUUGGUUCACGUAGUGUAGCCAUUGUUACCACAUCUGCACUGGUGGAGCUUACCUAAUCUUCUGCAUACCCUCAGGUGCCCCUACCAGCCUUGUUAGCUCAGACAGAGUCAAUGAAAUAUUCGGCCAUCAGUGUUCGGC